AUGUUGGUCUUUACGGUGCUUCAGCUACUUUCAUCAUUUUUGUUUGCAGCCUUUUGGCGGUUGCCGCCAUUGCCUCUGUGGACAUGGCCAGACAAUGCCUUUGUGGGAUGGCCGUCACCCCCUUGGGAUGCGAGUUACGACUAUGUCGUGAUUGGAGGCGGCACAGCAGGCAUCACAGUGGCUUCACGUCUUGCCCAGAAUGGCUUUCACGUCGCUCUGGUGGAGGCGGGGGGCUACUACGAAUGGAUGCAUCCACUCUCCAAAAUCCCGGGUGCUGCAACAAUUGGAAUUGGGGCUAGCAUCUCGAUGGCAUCCUCGGUGGAUUGGAAGUUUGUCGCGGAGAAAGUGCCUGGAGCAAACUAUCGUGAUAUCCACUAUCCUCGAGGGAAGUGUUUGGGAGGGUCAUCGGCGUUGAACUUCAUGAUAUACCAACGUCCGUCCAAAGGCGCAAUGGACCGAUGGGCCGAGUUGGUGGAUGACCCCAGCUAUACGUUCAAGAACACUUGGCGAUAUUUCAAACAGACUAUAUCUUUCACCGCGCCGAACAGUCGAUCCAACAACAUCAGAACGCCUUACAACGACUCAGCAUUUGACGACUUUGGUGAGCCACUGCAAGUUUCAUAUCCCCGGUAUGCAAUGCCAUUUUCGCGUUGGGUCCGUCGGGCAAUGACCGCGCUCGGCAUACAAGAGGUGGAGGACUUCAACACUGGUUCACUCAUGGGACACCAGUUCUGCUCCAUGACCAUUCGCCCUACAGAUGAAUCACGGAGUAGUUCGGAAGCGGCGUUCCUUCAAUCUCCCCGGAAUCUGGAAACGCUGUCUAUUUACGAGAAGACGCUGGCGAAAAAGAUCCUGUUCGACUGGGGAAAUCGGACUCGUGGUGUGAGAGUCCAUGGGAUGUGGGAUUACACCUUAUGGGCCAGACAUGAAGUCAUUCUAUCGACAGGGGCUUUUCACUCUCCCCAGUUACUCAUGCUGUCCGGGAUUGGUCCUGCGAGCGUUCUCCAUGAGCAUGGCAUCAAACCCAUCGUGACUCUGCCUGGAGUCGGCCAGAAUAUGUGGGAUCACGUCUUUUUUGGUCCCUCCUAUCAAGUUGCUAUCGACACGUUCUCCCGGAUGGCUCAGAGUCCAGCCUGGCUGGCUCGACAGGUGGCGACGUAUCUUUAUUCUCACGACGGGCUGUUGACCAAUCCAUCAACUGACUAUCUUGCGUUUGAGAAGCUUCCAAGCGCGUCGAGAUAUGCUCUCACCGACCAAGAAGAAGACACCCUUUCUUGGUUUCCAGAGGAUUGGCCCGAGAUCGAGUAUUUAGCCGCGUCAGCAUUUGUUGGAAAUUUCUCGGAUCCAUUCUUCCAGCAGCCCCGGCAUGGUCAGUAUGCCUCGAUUAUUGCGAGCAUCGUUGCUCCUACCUCUCGGGGCAAUGUGACUCUUCGCUCCAGCAAUGCAGCAGAUCUCCCAGUGAUCAAUCCCAACUGGCUAGAUACAGAAAUCGAUCAAAAAUUGACCACCGCAGCAUAUAAACGGAUGCGUGACAUGUUUCAAACUCCAGCAAUGAAGCCCAUAUUGAUUGGGCCGGAGUAUUUUCCAGGGCCCGAGUAUCAGAGCGACGAGGAUAUUCUAAGAGUCAUUAAGAAUACGCUCAUGACUAUUUAUCACGCAUCUUGCACUUGUAAGAUGGGGACUCGCAAUGAUGACAUGGCUGUUGUUGAUCAUCGGGCGAGAGUUUUCGGUGUCACGGGGCUGCGGGUGGUUGAUGCGAGUGCAUUUCCAUUUCUUCCACCCGGUCAUCCUCAGUCAGUUGUUUAUAUGCUCGCAGAGAAAAUCGCAGCCGAUAUCAUUGGGUCUUGA